CGCUACUGAAAAAAUCCUCCUUCCCUUAUAUAUAUUGUCUGUGAUUUGUAAAUCAUGACUUCCGUUAGCAUUGAGAUUGAGAUUCCUUCUUCAUUUCCUGCCGACAAGGUUUUCAAAGUCUUCAGUGAUUUUGACAAUAUUGCACCUAAAGUAAAUCCUGAUGUUUUCAAGUCCAUCGAGACAGUCGAAGGCAACGGAGGUGUCGGAACCAAAAAGAUCUUCACAUUUGGUGAUGCCGUCCCAUUCACAACUGGAAAAUAUAAGGUUGAUGCCAUUGACACGAGCAACUUUAGCUAUAGCUACUCGUUUUAUGAAGGUGACAACUUGCUGGGCAUAUUGGAUUCUAUCGCUCAUCAUAUUAAGAUUAUACCUUGUGCUGAUGGAGGAAGCAUAUUCAAGCAAACAGUCAUUUAUAACUGCAAAGGCAACGAUAAGCCAUCUGAAGAGAUUCUUAAGGCUGGAAAAGAAAUAUAUGAGAAAACCUAUAAGGCUAUCGAGGCUUAUGGUGCUGCCCAUCCCGAAUCUUAUUGAGUUAUCUUCAUCAACAUGUUUUCUUAUGGAUUCAAAUCCUUUUCAUUUUCGUUAGUGUGUUUUUGUGCUUCUUUUUUUAUUAUGGUUUGAAAUAAUGGACAAUGAUCCAGUUAUAAACGUUGUACCAUGUUCCCAUUUGAUAUGAUAUAAUUUGUUUUCUCU